AUGCGCAGAAGACUGGUAGUCUUUGUGCUGUCUCUGGUGGCUCAAAGCGUUCUGGGUCAGCCUUACGAGGCGUUUUCGUUUGAAGAACAAUUACCUCCGGUGGGGAAAGUUGGUGAACAGUUUUCUUUCCAGUUUUCGAACGAUACGCUCAAAUCGAAUGUUAACGGUCAAGUCCAAAUUCAGUAUGACGCGUUUGAUUUACCUUCCUGGCUAAAUUUCGACCCAACAUCAAGAACUCUCUCUGGGGAGCCGUCCGAGCAGGUUUUGGGCGGUGACGACUCUGACACGACUAUUAGUAUAGUCUUGCAAGGCACUGACCCCUCCGAUAACAAACAACUCAACAAAACCUACGAUUUACUUGUCUCCAGGCCCAAUGCAGUUCCCGAAGUGGCCUCCAAUUUCAAUUUACUUAAUCUUCUCAAGGACAGUGGGUUUACGAAUGGUAAAAACGGAUUGAAACUUUCUCCCGGCCAAGUGUUCAAUAUCACAUUUGGACGUAAUUCUUUUGACAAUUUGAACGCCGAUACUCAAUUUUACGGUCGUUCUCAGCUUUACCAUGCCCCAUUGCCCAACUGGUUGUUUUUUGACGAAAGUGAUCUCACUUUCAGUGGAACCGCACCUGUGGUUAACUCUCAAAUUGCACCCGAACUGGAUUACUCCUUCUCGUUGAUUGCGUCCAAUUCACCUAAUUACGACGGUGCCGAAAUCGUUUUCGAUCUCGUGGUCGGAGCCCACGAUUUUUCGACCUCUAUUCAAAACACUUUAGUUGUCAAUGUGUCUAAUUCUGGAGAAUUUGACUAUGAAAUUCCACUAAAUUACGUCUAUUUGGAUGGAAACCCAGUUUCAGUGGAUAAUAUAAGUUCCGUGCAACUCUCAGAUGCCCCAGAUUGGGUAUCGCUACAAAAUUAUUCUCUGAAGGGAACUUUAACUUCAGCAACGAAUUCUUCCAGCUUCGGUGUCAGUAUUUUCGAUAAAUAUAACGACGUCGUUUACUUGGAUUUCUCAGUGGAAUCAACUCAGACUUUGUUCGCAGUUUCUUCGUUACCAGGCGCUAACGCCACAAGAGAUCAAUGGUUUAGCUACACCCUGCUUCCAUCCCAGUUUACUAAUUUCCAAGAAACUAAUGUCUCCGUGAGUUUCUCCAACUCAUCUGAUUCUACUUCUUGGCUCUCGUACCAUUCGAGCAAUCUCACAUUGGCAGGUACAACUCCGAAUUCUUUGGACAGUGUGGGCGUAAAUGUGUUGGCUCAACAGGGUUCCAGAAGUCAGACUCUGUCUUUUGAAAUCAUUGGUGUCAACGCGAGAAACAAAAACAUUACAUCUUCAUCCUCCAGCUCUUCAUCCACUGCUGCGUCGUCUACAACUGUCUCGCCAUCCAGUACCGUUUCUAGUACCUCGUCUGUGACAGCGUCUGCUUCUGCAGCUCCAAAACCGCUGGUAAGUGGUGUGAAAAGCUCUCACAAAUCUAAUCGAGCCGUUGCAAUUGGCUGCGGUGUGGCAAUUCCAUUAGCAUUCAUCUUUCUCUGCUUACUUGCGCUGUUGCUGUGGAGAAGGAAGAGGCAACAACAGGGAACCGAGAAUGACAAGGAGAACAGCCCAACAAUUAGUGGUCCUCAGCUAAACAACCCUGCCAACAGGCCGAAUGCUUUCCCAGUUGUCUCACCCUUCGAUGAUGAGAAUUCGGUGGACGACAGUAGCACUGCACGUCGUUUAGGUGCAUUAAACGCCAUGAAGCUCGAUGAACAGGGUUCGAGCGCUUCAGACGUGUCAACCAUCAACGAAAAAGACAAUUUAUCCGCGUGCUCAUCGCCAAUUGCGGAUGUUUAUCCCGGUGCGUUGAAUACAAGCAGCAAAGAUCAAUUGCUAGAUCAGCCGCCAAAUGACGAAUACUUUGACAGCAAUAACAGGACUUCCUCAGUGUACUUCAAUAGUAAGCCAACUAACAGAAAGUCAUGGAGGUAUUCCACGAGCGCACCUGCUGCUGCUCGAAGUGGAAGGGAAAGCUACAAUUCUCUAAAAACGGUAACGACAGCGGAGCUUAUGAACACCGAGCUUGUCCAAGAGGGAAGCUUGCCCAAGGACCCAAGAAAGUCAUCGCUUGGAUUGCGAGACUCAGUAUUUUGGGGCAAUCCACAACCGGACGCCGCUCUUAAAGCAACUACACCGGUACCGCAGAGUCCGCCUGUAAAUCCGAAAGACAAUCCUCAAGAUCAGCAUUCAUACCGAACCCAAAGCACAAGUAGUUCUGAUGGAUUCAUGCCAGUUAAGCAAGGAGACAAAUACGAAUGGGUAGAGAAGUCGGGAACUAAACCCUCGACCCCAUCCCGAAAAAGAAGUUUAAAAAAACUGGUAAGUCUUCCCAACAGAAGUGGCGUCGGGGUGCUGGACGCAAACGACAUUCAGGGAGAAGAACCUGAAAUAGAUUCCUUCCAUGAAUAA